AUCUCAGUCGCAUGCAAGAGUGGCCGACGACGACUACGCCGCCAUGCGGGUUCUGUGCGCGCUGCUACUGGUGCUGUUCGCCGGCUCGGUGAGGCUGGAGGACACGUACUGCUUCCGCCUCACGUGGCUGGGCCCCACGUGGGACAACAGCAGCGAGCUGGGCAACGUGACGUGCAAGGACCUCGACCUGAUGGCGCCGUGUACCAACCCGCUGGUCAUCACAGUGGACCGCACGCCGCCGAACCUGACGUACAUGUGGUACACCUAUGAGCGGUCCCAAGUAGCCUGCAAACUCGCCAGGGGCCAGGUCUGCCUCAAGUACGCCAACUACUACAACGACCAGCUUGAGAACGUAACGUACUUGUGCGGCAAGAUGACGCUGGACGGCAACGCAGUGACCUCGGGCUGCGAAUGGACGACCAAGGGCGCGUACCGCACGGAAGCGUGCGCCUGCACCUCCUACAGCUCCACAGGAAUACCUUGCAACUCGGCCACAGCACUGUCCGGGCAGCACUUAGUGGCGCUGCUAGUAGUUGCGCUCGCUGCCGUCUUGGCGGCGCUACCUGCGGCAUCCGUUUUCUGCAGUGCAUAAUAGAUGGCGCAGCAGCCACCUCGACAGCAGUGUCGCCUUUUCGCCGGAACUCCGUCGCUGGCAGUUAUUCAAGCCAAUGCGCAUCAACCAUCAAUUUUAGGAGACAGAGGGACGAUACACACAAAAUUAUUUUGAAAGCUUGUCAAUAAAGCUACAGCAUACCAGAAUAACUGUCCACACCCAAUACAGUUAUUUUACGACUAUUAUCCAGGAUCCAUAAUGUACAUACUUGUCAUAAACAUACUAAUUAAUAAUAAUUUAUUUAUUUACUCUUAGUGAAAUUUUAAUUUACCAUGGAAUUUUGAGUAAUAAGCUUUUCACUAUUGUUAUAUGAAUAGAGACAUCAACAUGCUCUGCAAAAAGAAACGUGACUCGUCACGCAUUUCAUAUGUUGCUUCACUUUCGUUUCAUUUGGUGUAUUAGAAAAUAAUAUCUUACAAAGAUACCCUCGAAUUAUCAUUUUUCUGAAAACAGUCCUCAUUCUGAUAAGGAAUCAAUUGUAACAGAAGAAAAAGUAAAACAAAAAGAAAAAAGAUCCGUUAGUUACAUAACUCUUUUCUUAGUUUCCUAUAGAUUCAUCACAACACUGCAAAGGUAUUAAUUAAUAUACUUGUUGUUAGCAAGCGACAAGUGUGAAUUUUUUGUCAAGUGAUAAAGCAUGAGAGGUGUACAGGUACACAUGUUACUAAAUUUGAAGGCAUAGCAGUGAAGCUAUUUUCAAUACAGUAUAACCGCAUUUGCGUUGGCCAUCGCAGCUGUGACAUUUGGAACUCUUUGAACCUUAGGAAAGGCAUAACUGAACAUAAGAACCUGAGGCAAUGAAUCCCUACUCAGGAAUGCAAAGUAUUUGCUCCUACCCUGUUUGUUGCCCCUUGCUGUCAUGGGGACUAAAGAAAAUAGAUAUGUAUGACUUUUACAAAUGCAGGUACAAAUAUGAAUGUUUUAUUUCAGCUUUGAACAAUCUUUACAUGCAGUCGGUGUCGUCAAAGUUAACGCAAUAAUAAU